GAAGAAGCCAUUUUCCGACCGGCGUCGACGUGAGAGCAGACACAUAGCGUAUCGCAUGGAAACACUCACCUCGCCAGCCACUGCUAUGACUAUCGUCUCCUCAUCUUCCUCUUCGUUCUCCAUAUUCUCUCCUAAGCCAAAACUUGUUCCGCCCAGAAUCAUACGCUUUCCCACCCCUUCCAAAAAGAACAGUAAUGACUCUGAUCUCCAGUCUGAUCCUAACAACACAAGCAUCGUUCCUUUCUUCGGCAAUCAAACUCUCUCCCAGGAUGCAGCCAUGGGGCUGGUUCUGAGCAACGCGUCUGUACGAGGAUGGACUACGGGAUCGGGUAUGGAGGGUCCGUCUAUUCCCGCCGGAACCGAGGACCAACCCAAUACGGAGAAAGUCUCCACCUUUCCAUAGUCUUUCUUCACCAAGUCCCCACGUAGACGAAUGCGCGUGGCCUUCACAUGCAAUGUUUGCGGUCAACGAACCACUCGUGCCAUCAACCCCCACGCUUACACCGAUGGCACCGUAUUUGUCCAGACAAGUUUUUUUCUAACUUAGCAUAUUUCAUUUGCAUAUGAGGAUUGAAUAUUGAUUCUUUUCCCUCUGGGAAUUGGCGCUUAUUUCUGAGUUGGGGGAAUGAUUUUGUGAUGGUGGUGGGUUGUAGACAGUGUUGCCGAUGUAAUGUUUUCCACAAGCUGGUGGAUAAUUUGAAUUUGUCUCAUGAAAUGAAAUGCUAUGUCAACCCCAGCUUCAAUUAUCAAGGAGACCCGCCAUGGGGUGUAAGAUUCAAGUUAUUCAGUGAGGAAGAUGACGACGGUAGUAGCAAUAUGUUUCCUAUAUAAAGUGAUGGAUUGAGGGCACAUAAACUGUACAUUUCUUUGCUCAUACUAGAAACUGAUUUGAAUCAUGUUUGUAUAUAGCUUAUAGUCUCUUUGUGUAAUUGAUAACUUAGAGCUUUCUUGUCAGUUGAACUUUGUAUUUAUAAUAUUGAUUACUGGUACAUACUAAUAAAAAAACAUCAAUACUAUGCUUAGCAUGAUAGAAUAGUAUUUGAUGUUCAGCUGAGUAUUGCUUUUUUA